AUGACGGUGCCUGGUGCCAGUUCCAUGGGCCAAACCUCGCUGGCAUUCUUGUGCCACAUUCUUUUUCUCCCAAAUGUACAACAGACACAAAAUAAAUCUCCUUGUCUUGUUCUGUUGGUGGCUCUGGUUGGUGGUUGGUGGGAGCAGCCUGGUUACAACAUGAAACAGGUGUUUAAGCCAUACAAAGCCUCGCAGCACGACAUGUGUCGGUUCCACUCGGAAGACUACAUAGACUUCCUGCAGAAGGUCAGCCCCAAUAACAUGCAGGGCUUCACGAAGAGCCUCAACACAUUCAAUGUGGGAGACGACUGUCCUGUGUUUCCUGGUCUUUUUGAGUUUUGCUCACGAUACACAGGAGCCUCUUUACAGGGAGCUACACAGCUCAACCACAAGAUCUGUGACAUCGCCAUCAACUGGGCCGGAGGUUUGCAUCACGCCAAGAAAUUUGAGGCAUCUGGGUUUUGUUAUGUCAACGACAUCGUCAUCAGUAUCCUGGAGCUGCUCAAAUACCACCCUAGGGUUCUCUACAUCGACAUAGACAUUCACCAUGGUGACGGUGUACAGGAAGCCUUUUACCUGACUGACCGCGUCAUGACUGUGUCCUUCCACAAAUACGGGAACUACUUUUUUCCAGGAACAGGUGACAUGUACGAGGUGGGGGCAGAGAGCGGCCGGUACUACUGCCUCAAUGUUCCUCUCAGAGACGGCAUCGAUGACCAGAGUGAGUUCAUUAUUGAAAUGUACCAGCCGACCUGCAUCGUUCUACAGGUCAGUGAGCAGUUCUGGAUCUGUGACCGACUGGGCUGCUUCAACCUCAGUAUACGAGGACACGGUGAGUGUGUGGAGUUUGUGAAGAGUUUUAAGAUUCCUCUGUUGGUCCUGGGAGGGGGAGGAUACACAGUGAGGAACGUGGCUCGCUGCUGGACCUUUGAGACCUCUCUGUUAUUGGACGAAUCCAUCAGUGAUGAGCUCCCUUAUAGCGAGUAUUUUGAGUACUUUGCUCCAGACUUCACGCUGCACCCCGAUGUCAGCACCAGGAUAGAAAACCAGAACUCCAGACAGUACUUGGAGCAGAUCCGUCAGACGGUGUUCGAGAACUUGAAGAUGUUGAACCACGCGCCCAGCGUCCAGAUCCACGACGUUCCCUCCGACAUGCUGAGCUACGAACGCAACGAUGAGCCGGACCCUGAUGAGAGGGGGGGCGAGGAAAACUACACCAGGCCGGAGGCGGCCAACGAGUUCUACGAUGGCGACCACGACAACGACAAAGAGAGUGAUGUGGAAAUUUGAUAAUGAGAGGAGUGGAGCUCUCCAAACACCACGUCUCCACUGCACAUUUAACAGAAACUCAUAGAAACACCUGGAAGGACUGAAGACUCUCAAGCUCUGCUCUUUUUCUCUGUAGGUUCCUCUUUUUAAAAGUCCUCAAUCAGCCGCCCUUCAUCUGGCUGUUCCACCCUCAGCCUUGUAUAUAAUGUCACAGAGCUCCACAACUCCACUCGCAGCAGUAUUCCUGGUUCUGGUGAAUAUUGGAACAGACAGGAAGAGCCCAAAUGACCUGAACUUUCAUAAUGCUGAAACAUACAGACAGUAUAUCAGUUGUGUUUCUAUUCAUGUAAAAAGAUUACAGGAUAACAUUUUCAGUCUUCUUUUGAAUUUACAAGCAGCGUCCACUAGAAUCAAGACUCCAAACAAACUUGUCUAGAUUCUGAUAAUAGCAUUUUAUUUUAAUUUUUUUCCCAUUCUUUCCACUCGUUAUCUUGUUCAUGUUAUCUUAGUAAUGAAAUGUAUUUAACUUUUGAAGAGGAAGUAUUGUAUUCAAUGUUUGGAUUUAGGCCUGAGCAAUGUUUGUUUUCCACACGUCCAAAGUGUCACAAAGAGUUUUGAGCAUCCUAAAUUUCCGUUGAGUCAACCCCCCCUGAGAUUUAAGAGCAGUUAGUUUGGAGCCCUGUGUGACAUCCAGCGUGUGUGUGAAGGCACUCAAUGAAAACAAAAAACAGUUUCCACCAGGUGUCAUGGAAUAGACACGGGGAGCUUUUGAUUUAUUCACAUGCAUGUGAGAAGCUGUUCAAGUGCCUGCCAGGAUCCAUUAGUCACACAUUAGCCAGUUCAGAUGUUUAAAACCACGCUUUAACUGUUUUAUACAGAAUCACAAUGGUGCAAAUUAUUCCAAACCUCUUUUCUUUUUCCGUCAUUGUAGCUGUCAGGAUGGGUUUUCCAUUUUUUUCUAGCAUUAUUUGUGUGCCUUACAGCUCUGAGUAGCCAAGCGCUGGUAGAGAUGGGCACUUCCACAUCAACGAUUCAACAGUUUGAACUUGGCAUUGGUUUGGAUUUCUGUAAACGAACAUCUGUAAAUAAGGCUGAUCCGAACAGGAAUUCUCCUGUAUUUUCAUUCCUUUCUCUCUUCUUCUGUUUUUUUCUGCUCGUUACUGUAUAUAUACGUAUAAAUGUAUCAACUGUGAGUGUACAUCGUGUAGAGGAGGACCACGGUGGUGAGGCUGGCAGUUAAAACAUUUUGUACCUAAGCAGGUAUCAGGGAUCAGAGUCCUGGUCCUUCACUGUGCAUCUUUAUUAACAGAAUCAUUACAGAUGUACAUGACUGUCAACAGAUAUGCUUUCUACCAUCGGACACGUCCAGUCCUCUUUUAGCCAGAAACAGGUUUUAUGUGAUUUUUUUGAUAUCGUUGUCUACUUUUGUUUUUAAUAAAAAAAGAACUGAUU